GCGGUUGGGACAAAUAGAGGAUCUUUAAAGGUGAAGGAAGCGCGGGAUAAUUAUCUUUAUUUGGGUAAGGGGAUCAGGAGCUCAGAACCUUACCCCUUUAUUUCGUCGUUCACCGUUCCGUCGCCCUCCCGUAGGAAGGGAAUUGUCUCAGCCCGUGUGAGUACUUCUACAGCGAUUAAAGCACCCCUUUCCUCAGCUGGGCUUUUGGGACACACUGGGUCUCUAUCCCAGUCAGUGCCUGAGGGUCGAUGGAGCUAGAACUUACCCUUCCCUAACCAAAGCGGGACUUAGAGUACUUUUUGCCUUCCGGCUUUCAAUUACACUGAGGAGCUAAUCAAUCACUCCUGGGAGUUCAGAGGUUUGGGUAUCAUCAUUCGCCGGCCCGGGACAGCGUUCCCCCUUCACAAAGGAUGGAUAGAAUGACAGAAGAUGCUCUUCGCUUGAAUCUGUUGAAGCGGAGCUUAGACCCAGCAGAUGAGCGAGAUGAUGUCCUGGCCAAGCGACUCAAAAUGGAGGGGCAUGAGGCCAUGGAACGUCUGAAAAUGUUGGCAUUGCUCAAACGGAAGGAUUUAGCAAAUCUUGAAGUACCGCAUGAGUUACCCACCAAACAGGAUGGCAGUGGUGUCAAGGGCUAUGAAGAGAAACUCAAUGGGAAUCUCAGGCCUCAUGGGGACAACAGGACUGCUGGAAGACCAGGCAAAGAAAACAUCAAUGAUGAACCUGUGGAUAUGAGUGCUAGAAGGAGUGAACCAGACCGGGGAAGGCUAACUCCCUCCCCAGACAUCAUUGUUUUGUCUGAUAAUGAGGCUUCCAGUCCCCGUUCCAGCUCCCGAAUGGAAGAAAGACUCAAAGCAGCCAACUUAGAGAUGUUUAAGGGCAAAGGCAUCGAGGAGCGUCAGCAGCUCAUCAAGCAGCUGAGGGACGAACUGCGAUUGGAAGAAGCCCGCCUGGUGCUGUUAAAGAAACUGAGACAGAGUCAGCUACAGAAGGAGAAUGUGGUCCAGAAGACUCCAGUUGUACAGAAUGCAGCAUCCAUUGUUCAGCCAUCUCCUGCCCAUGUGGGACAGCAGGGCCUAGCUAAGCUUCCCUCCCGGCCUGGAGCCCAAGGGGUUGAACCUCAGAAUUUGAGAACAUUACAGGGUCACAGUGUCAUCCGUUCAGCAACCAAUACCACCCUCCCACACAUGUUGAUGUCUCAACGUGUUAUUGCACCAAACCCAGCCCAGCUACAGGGUCAGCGGGGCCCACCUAAGCCUGGCCUUGUACGCACCACAACACCUAAUAUGAAUCCUACCAUCAAUUACCAACCGCAAUCAAGUUCUUCUGUCCCCUGUCAGCGCACGACAUCCUCUGCCAUCUAUAUGAACCUUGCUUCCCACAUCCAGCCAGGCACUGUGAACAGAGUGUCCUCACCACUUCCUAGUCCCAGCGCCAUGACCGAAGCUGCCAAUUCACAGGCUGCAGCCAAGUUGGCUCUUCGCAAACAGCUGGAAAAGACACUGCUGGAGAUUCCACCCCCUAAACCUCCUGCUCCCUUGCUUCACUUUCUGCCUAGUGCAGCCAAUAGCGAGUUCAUCUAUAUGGUAGGCUUGGAAGAAGUCGUGCAGAGUGUCAUCGAUAGCCAGGGCAAAAGCUGUGCCUCACUUCUGCGGGUUGAACCCUUUGUUUGUGCCCAGUGCCGCACAGAUUUCACCCCUCACUGGAAACAAGAGAAGAAUGGUAAGAUUCUAUGUGAGCAAUGUAUGACCUCCAACCAGAAGAAGGCUCUAAAAGCUGAACACACCAACCGGCUGAAGAAUGCUUUUGUUAAAGCCCUACAGCAGGAACAGGAAAUUGAACAGCGAUUACAGCAGCAGGCAGCCCUCUCCCCAACUACGGCUCCAGCUGUGUCCAGUGUCGGCAAACAAGAGACCAUAAUGAGACAUCAUACCCUUCGGCAGGCUCCACAGCCACAGAGCAGCCUCCAGCGGGGCAUACCCACAUCUGCCCGUUCCAUGCUUUCCAACUUUGCGCAGGCACCCCAGCUGUCUGUGCCAGGUGGCCUCCUUGGCAUGCCAGGUGUCAACAUUGCAUACUUGAACACUGGCAUCGGAGGACACAAAGCCCCCAGUCUGGCAGACCGACAGCGGGAAUACCUUUUAGACAUGAUUCCUCCCCGGUCUAUAUCGCAGUCCAUCAGUGGACAGAAAUAACGCCUGUCCCACUUCUACUGACCCAACCUUAUCCUUUACCCCCUCCUCUCCCAGUGCCCCCACUUCCGUCGCAUGCAGUGCCUGUACUGGUGCCUACCAUACACGGAAAAUAAAACAGAGAACAGAAGACAAAAAACAGAAAUCACCAGGAAAACACAUGCCCUGCCCCGCCACCUCCCCUUUAUUUCACACUGCUGCGAUCUCUUCUGCUGCUCUGUCUUCUCUCGUUUUCCUUUAACAGUGAGGUGAAUCUUCGCUUCUGAUAGAGGUCAGAAUGAGGUCCUGGGGAGAAAUCUAAGCCCUCUGACAUGUGUUUCUAAAGUUUGUUUUUAUGCUAUAAUUAUUAUUAUCAUUUUAAUGAUGUGUGUCCUCCCUUUGUUCAGUGGACGGUUAAGCCUUUUUAUUAUCCCCCAAUAUUUUUCUUUUUUGCUUUUCUUUUGUCUUUUUUUUUUUGUAAACACAAAUGACAUUCAGUUAAAUGAUAGGAGCAUUGCAGUAGGGUCCCCAACUGCUAAGUAGGACAGGACUGGGAGCGUUAGGGGCAGAAGUUUUUAAUGCACUUAACCCAGAUGUGGGGGGAGGUGGUGGCAUCGAGCAAGGAGUAGCACACAGCUGUGGGUGUCUCUGGGCUGCACAGUUUGGGAGGCAGUGUUCGGUAUUGAAAUUGGGCUCUAAGAAUGAGGGAAAGGAGCCUGGAGGGAAGCUUUAAAACUUAACCACCCUGGAAUUGACCCAUAGAGAAGGGGAGAAGGGGGCAUGAUGAGGAGCAUAAUGUUGAGCCAAGGAGGACUGAGACCAGGUCCAGGCCUUCUGGUUGCUAGGGAAAUAAGAUUGGUCUUAUUUUCUGACCCCAGUGGAGACAUGGAAGUCUAUUCCAGGCCAACUAGCCCAAAAUUAUUGUGUCAUCUUAUUUGCUUUGUAAAAUCCCCCCCUGCCCCCACCUCUUUUUUUUUUUUUUAACUCCUGAUCUGCCCCCAGGAACCACAGCCCCAUCUGUAACACAGGAAAUGGCUGUUCCCAGCCUGAGUUUGCUGGGUGGCCCAGAAGUUGGGAUGGGCAUGCGUGAGUGAAAUGUCAAAGGAGGAAAUGGUCUUGAAGGAAGAAGGGCUCUUUCCCUACAGUUGAGACUGACUCUCACAUUCGUCUCUCCCUUCACCCUGAGUGCCAGCAGGGAGGUGAUGAGGCUGGAGUCCUGCCCCAACCCUGCUGCACUGACUCCAGAACCAGCUGCUCAAAGCCAAAUGACUGGUGGCAAAACCAACUUUGGACCUGUGCUAUAAAAGUGGCUGUGUUUUGUCCCCAAAUAUUCUAUUAAUUUUACUUUUUUGUUUUAUUUUUUUCUUAAGCUCUACUAAUGUAGAGAAUGAAUUAAAUUGUGCAAUGUUGCUGUUCUGGGGACUGGCGAGAUUAGCAUCCCGUUUGCCUACAACAUGGGGGAAGGGAGAGGACCAGGCUGCUUUUAAGGUAAAGGAAGCUCCUUGAAGGUAGAGGUUUCUGUUCUCCUCAUAGUAUACACCCACCUGCCUCUGCAGCUCUAGAAGCUGCCAGAGUGUGAGGAAGGGGUUCUCAGCAGAGGGGUGUAAGAGGAGUUUAACCUUUUACCCUUGAAAGCCACCUGGGGAAGUUCCUCCAGUUUUAUUUUUUAAAAUUUUAAAGUAAGAAGGCACUUUUAAAAUUAACACACACAAACUGCACAUCUUCCUCAGAGUUUGUGGAUGGGGUGGGCGAAUGAGCUGGAAUCGGGCUGUUUCCCCAACUCUGCCCCAUAUCCCAGAGCCAAUGUGGGUGAUUAUAUUGGCCCUACGGGCCUUCCUGGCUUUUUUUCUUUACUCCCUCCCCCCAAAAUCAUUGAGCACUUAAUAAAGGAGCAGAGAUGCAGCCUGUAUCUGGGCUCCUCCAGUGGUGAAAUGAUCUGGAAGUUAGAUGCUAGAAACAGGUAGUGAUGGGGUCGUUUCAAGUAUUUUUCUGGGGAAUGUACCCCUCACUGUAAGAGUGGGAGAGGGAGGGGGGUUAAUGGAACUGGGUCUGGGAUUAUUUUAAAAUUAUAUAUAUAUAUAUAUAUAAAGAUAUAUUCUUACAUCUUUUCUUUGCCCUCUGUGCUUUGAAAGCACUGGAUAAAUUGUUUGGUUUGCUUUCUCUCUUCCACAAAAUUGGAAGCUUUUUUUUUUUUUUUUUUAGUAUUUUCCCUAUAAGUCAUCUUGCCUUGUGGCAUGUCUGUCUAGCCUCUCCCCCGCUCCCCCCAUGAUGAAGUGCCAUUUCUGUUACGUCUCCCUUCCCGCAGCUCAGAGGUGCUCAGAGGUACGAGGUGCCCAAGUUUGUCAGUUGAGAUUAAAAGUAAGGAACAGAGAAUGUGCAAUACCGUCUGGCUGGGGGCUGUCCCUGCCCUGAGCUGAGUCCCUUCCCUGGGAGCCAGGCCACCUUAGAAUGGAGUUCGGAAGUAAGAUGUGAGACAGGGGCAAUGGGGAAGGAAAGCCCGUGGUCCCGUCGAGUGCCUGCCAAGGUGCUGAAGUGAUGGGGGAGGGGUGCGUCGUCCCUGUUCUUGCCCCUCAGGGUCAGUUACAGAGGCUGCUUGUUGACUAGUAUCCUCCACGACCCUUUUCUCAAUCACUGAGGCUUGAUUUCUUACCCUCUCUCCCCUCCAUUUUCAUAUCCUUUCCAGAGAUUAGUGAUGGGGGUGAGGUUUCUCUAAUCAUGGUAAAGUAUUAGCCUCCCACCUCCGCCUUUUCUUCCCUCUUCCUCAUCCUUUCGUCUUCCUCAUUUCUCCGUUUUUUCAUCACUGAUUGCCUUGUGUCCCUCCAAGUCUGUUGUUGUCCAUCCCCAGGCCUUGGGCCCUGUAGACACUAAGCCUCAUGCUCUGUUCAGAGUCGCCCUCUACCCCUGGAACUCUGACGCUCAGGGUAAUAAUACUAGAGUGAGGAUCCCACUAGUUCUGCUUGGCUUCCUCCCUCCGUCCCCAGAGGCUCUAAAAGUAGUAGCUGAUGGACAGUGACUUACUUCCUGGAAGCUUGAAAUGGGUGGGUGAGCAGCAAGGCUUGGGUAAAGCUGAGGGACUGAGGUCCUUAUUUGUCUUUUUUUUUUUUUUUCUUUUCUGUCACUUGACCACAGCAUCUGGACUUCCUCCAUCCCUGGAAUAAGUAUUUUUCCACAUUUUUGGAUGUAUGUAUGGUAGACAAUUUUUUUUAAGACACAGAGAUAAAUGUUUUCCUGCUUUGGUUACCUUUCCUUCCCCUUAAAAGGACUUAGCUCUAGAACUGCUUUGUAAAAGAUGCUUCUUGGUAUUUUACUUUUGUUCCUUUUCCCCAACCAUGCCCUUUCUCCCCACUCUGCCAGAAGGUAUACCCUUCUCCCCACACUCCACCCCCUGCCCCAGUCCUAGGCUCCCUUCCCCUCCAACAAGACCUUCAUUAGCUUAUGAUAUUUGCUGCCGAGAUGUUAUAACAAGGACUCAUUCGUGUAUAUAAGCUAUUUCUUGAUCCAUUUAAAAGGAAUUGUACAUUGUGUAGAAAAAAAAAUGAAAAAGAAAAAAAAAGCUCUAGCCAUGGAUAUUGUGAAACUGUGUUAUGUCAUUUUGUAAUGUGCCCGUUUGUGUAUGAUCCGUGCAAAAGGGUUUCUGGGGAAGGGGAGGGGGCAGGGAGGCAGGGCUGUGGAGGGUGGGGAGGGGAGUGGGCCGGGCCCAGCACACUGAGACUGGCAGCUGCUCCAACCCCAUCCCUCCUUAGAGAUGCCACCUCCCCCACCACCCACCCCUAAUUUGUGCCUUGCCUCCCCACCCUGGAGUAGUCCCUCCGGGUCACCAGCACUGCCUUGGCAGAGCCCACUCCCUACCCUAAUCUGCCCACCCUCCCUACCCCCCAGCAUUAGGUUGAUACUGUGGGGAAGUGCUGGGGGUUGGGAGGUAGCCGAGGACUGGGGCAGUUCCCGGGGGCAUUGAAACCAAGUAUUAUUAUGAAUUGUAAUUGUAUUUGCACUGUUUUCUUCCUCUGAUUGCAUCAGCAUAUAUACAAUAUACCUAUAUAACAAAA